AUGCGGCUCAUGGUGGCGGCAGCAUUGCUGUGCGCCCCUCUUGCUCACAGCAAGCCAGUGCCUACGCCUGUGGCUACGUUUGUGCCUACACCUGCACCAACCCCUGAGGAGACUGUGAAGGUUCAGCAGGACCGGGUAUCGGUCCAAGCUACAAACGACAUCUCCAGCUGUGGUGAUGAGUGGAUGCCCAGGGACGACGUCAAGAUCGGCCAGGGAACCGAUACUCGUCCUGGCUUCAGCACCGCAGUGCAGAAAUUCUGUAGUGCGGUGAACGGGCAAGUCGUCAAGCCAGAUGGCUAUGUUUCGCUUGCAACCGAAAUCUUCUUGAACAGCGGCAAGGCACCUACUUCCUAUGGUAUCCAGGGAUAUGUAUACUUCGAGGUCCAUAACAAGGAGAGCUCGGAUCACACCAUCUCACUCGAUAGCUGCAAGCAGUAUCUACUUGCUCUGAGCAAAGAUGGUGGUAAAUGCUCUGGCGAGACUAACAAGGACACCAAGGGCGGAACCUGGCAAGUCGGAAACAAUGGAAUCUCCUACCAUGCUCUGGGAACCAAUGUUCCCCCCAAGCAGGAUGCCAUCAACAAGCUCUUCUGGGGCUCGGCAAUCGGUGCACAGAGCGUCAACAGGGGAUCAGGCGCACCUCUGAACCCUUGGCCUCUGGAUUCUCUCAAGAACGUCAAGCCCACCAAGUGCCACAGCCACAACGACUACGACAAUGACAUCCCCAUCUUCACCGCCUUGAGCGCUGGCUGCAUUGGUAUUGAGGCCGACGUCUGGUACUUCCUCGGGGAUGUCAUCAUUGGCCACAUCCUUCCCACGCUCGGCAGAACACUGACCGUUCAGUAUGUCCAGCCCCUGCUGGCCAUUCUGAACCACAACAACGGCGGCUCCCCAGGACCCAUUGGUGUCUACCCAGCCAGUCCCAACCAGGGCAUCACAUUGUUGAUUGACUUCAAGACCUCCGAGGCCGCUACUCUGGAUACCGUCAACAAAGCCCUCCAGCCUCUCCGCGAUGCCGGAUACCUCAGCCGUGUUGAGAAUGGAAAGUUCGUCGAGAAGCAAAUCACCGUCGUUGCCAGCGGCUACUCCUCAUUCGACCGCAUCAACGCAGGCGACGGCGUGCCCAACCGUGACAUCUUCUACGAUGCCCAAGUUAACAGCUGGAGCUCCAAGUAUACCAGCCUCAACGCUUACUACGCAUCGGCCAACUUCAAGGAUGACGUCGGAAACCCUGGAAGCGCUUCUGCCUUUACCGACGACCAGAAGAACAAAGUAAGGACGCACGUUGCCAACGCUCACUCAGCUGGUCUCAAGGUCCGAUACUACGACCUUCCCGGAGAGUACAUGUGGGAGUCAUUGGCCGACCUUGGCGUGGACAGGCUAAAUGCCGAUGACCUGUCCAACACGGCCAGACUGCCUCGUCUAUAG